UCUGUCAUGUUUAUGUGAUUUUUGGGUAUGAGGAAAAGCCACCGACGAGAAGUCGCGUCUUUCACUCCUAGAACACGAGAGCUUAACUUAAAUACAUACAGAUUGCAGGACAUGUACAUCAAAAUUAUACUUCUUUUCUCAGCAGCAGUUUGCAUCUAUGCACAAAAAAGCUUCGAACUUUGUCACACCUAUGGCUGCUUUGAGUCAACCGAUACUCAGCUCUGUAUGACACUGGAUGAAGAUGAAGUCUACUAUGCAGACUUUAAAAAAGGGCUCCUCGUUUGGGACAGCAGACUCCCUUUAAGUUUCCAUGUUUCCUGGGCUUACAAAUAUGCAGUAUAUUACCGAGACAUAUGCAAAGAUGUUUUUCGGACGUGGAAACAAGACAAGUCAAUAGAAAAGACUACAGAGGCACCAGAAAUCAUGGUCUACCCCAGAGAUGAAGUGAUAAAUGAAGAAGAGAAUACUCUUAUAUGCUUCAUCAACCAUUUCUUCCCUCCUACCAUCAACAUAACAUGGACGAAGAAUGAUAUAGAGGUAGCGGUGGAAGAUCCUUUCAUAAAAUGCCUACCCAAUUCUGAUGGGACAUUUUAUGUUUUGUCCACCCUGAACUUUGUCCCAAACAAAGGAGAUAUCUAUGGGUGCACUGUGAAACACGAGUCACUGGAGAUACCUCGAACCAAGUUUUGGGAGGUUGACACAGAUGAGGUUAAUGUAAGCCCAGCUGUCUUUUGUGGACUUGGCCUGAGUCUUGGACUUCUUGGAGUUGUUGCAGGAAUAUUCUUUUUUGUGAAAGGUCACCAAAAUGAGAGCAACCUAGCGGUCUAGUGCUUCAGACCACAUACAGCACUGUGAUCACAGACGUGUGGUAGUGAUCUGAUGUUAUUUAGUCAGUAGAUCUGAAUAACAUCAGGUCAUGUCUGAACACCUAUCUACACCAUAUCCUUCUCAGGCACACAUACUACACAUACUACACACAUGCUGCUUGUGAAAAGCUUGUCUUAUCCUAUAAAUAUUGCCUGUCUUCUGCAACUACUCAGCCCCUCAAAGUCCCUGAUUUGUUUCAUAUUAUUCUCCAUUUGCUGAUUUGAGUCAUUGAAUUUUGACUGUAGAAGUGUAUAACCUGUAUUAUGUUGUAAUAGCCACCCUAAAAAUGAAGAUUUACAAACUCUCUGAGUUCUCAAAGGGGUCAGAGUUUGCUGCAAGAGUGAAAAUAAAAGCAC